UAAAUUUGUUUCUGAUUUACCAUCUUUUGAACUUCGCUGUCCACUAUGAAUAAAUUUGUUUAAGCGAACUGCCAAGGCACUUCCCUUUCAGCCGGCUUCUAAACAAUUGCUCAAUAAUACUAAAAGAAAAAAUCGAAUCCAGCAGCGGCAAUCCAACCCACUACUGAGUUUCUGAUUUUAAAUAUGUUAGUGUCAUCGAAUUCACUAUUCAAUUGAAGUCCCCCGGAGAAAAACUAAACUCUGAAGUCUGAUACUCUGGUCAAUUUCAGCUUGGAAAAAUGGCUUCUUUCUCAUCCCUGACAAGACCCUUAUCAGAAUUCUCACUAAUUUCACAACGUUUGAGCGAUCAGUCGACUAAUUCACUUGGUUUUGUGAAUGCCCCAUCAGAUACAACACAUGGGCUCUGGUAUUUUCAGCCUGGGAUUGUCAAAAUGCGGUCAAAAUCGUCACUUUAUUUCAAGAACUCAUAUAAAACCGAGGCUUCUACCAAGACGAAUUCGGGAAUUCCAUAUGAAGUUCCUAUUCUUUCUUGCUCAGAGGCAAUUGAAAGGUUAAGUAAAAAUCGAGAAACUUACAAAAGCAAGGAGCAGUUUUUAUCUAUGUACUCUAGUGUGUUCGGUGGAAUUACAACUGAUCCAUCUGCUAUGCUAAUCCCAAUGGAUGAUCACAUGGUACAUAGAGGGCAUGGAGUUUUUGACACUGCUGCAAUCAUGGACGGAUAUCUGUACGAAUUGGAUCAGCAUCUUGAUAGAUUCUUGAAAUCAGCAACCAUGGCCAAAAUUAAACCUCCCUUUGAGAGGGAAACUAUACGCAAGAUACUCAUACAAACUGUCAGCGCUUCAAAGUGCAGAAAAGGUUCCCUGAGAUACUGGCUUUCAGCAGGACCAGGUGAUUUUCAGCUAUCUCCAUCAGGUUGCCAUCAAUCUGCUCUGUAUGCCAUUGUAAUCCAAAAUCAAUCGCCACCAGAUUACAGUGGUAUCAAAGUGGUAACCUCAUCACUUCCGAUUAAACCUCCUCAGUUUGCUGUCAUGAAGAGUGUGAACUAUCUACCUAAUGCUCUUUCGAAGAUGGAAGCUGAGGAGAAGGGUGCAUAUGCAUCAAUAUGGCUUGAUUUUGAUGGCUUUGUAGCUGAAGGACCUAACAUGAAUGUGGCCUUUGUGACAAAAGAAAAGGAACUACUGACACCUGAAUUUGACAAAAUUCUCAGUGGAUGCACAGUUAAGAGGGUUCUAGCACUGGCAGAAAGUUUGGUUGUGAAUGGAAUGCUUACUGGAAUAAGAGUAGAUAAAGUAACUAUUGAGGAAGGAAAAGCAGCAGAAGAAAUGAUGCUGAUUGGGAGUGGAGUUCUAGUUCGUUCUGUAGUGGAAUGGGAUGAACAGCAAAUUGGGGAUGGUAAGUAUUUCAUGCUUUGAUCAGGUUAUAUUUUUACGCUUGUCUUGUGAUUCUGCAUCCGACUAACCAAAAUUUUUGCCGGGAAAUGCUGGUUUGUGUGUGAUGCUAUGUCUUCUACUCUGAAGCAAUACCGAGCUCACGUAUUUUGUAAAUACAACUGCUGGUAUAUUGUUGUAGGCAAAGAAGGUCCAGUGGCUCAGGCUUUACGGAACCUCAUUCUGGAUGAUAUGAAAUCAGGACCUGCUUCAGUUCGAGUUCCUGUUCCAUACUAAUGUGAUAAACACGCAGUUCUGUUUCAGCAAAGUUUGCAAGCUUAUUUUGUUCUUGCUACCUAUAAUUCCAAGCUUUUAACUAGUGGAGCUUCAGCUUUCUUGUAGUCUGUAAGAUAUGCCCUAGUCAAGCUUUCUGUACUUUCUAUGUUUAGAACUGUGCUAUUGCAGGACUGGCAUUGAUCAUUGAAACAUUUCUACUCCAAUUUUAUUUCUAGAACAAAAUGAACUAUCAAAAUGAGAUGGACGGAAUGGUGUUUUUCUUUUUCCUUUGAUUGAAAUAUUCAUGUUUUUAACAUUCAGUUGAUGAAUACUAGAACAAUAUCUUAACUUGAUUUAUUUUUCUUUUCUUUUUUUCAGAGAUGGUAGUGAUGUUAUAAACAAUUUAUAAAGUAUAAAUCGAUUAAUG